AUGGAACCUUUGACCCCCAACACCUCAAGCCAAUGGCGGUCUUUUUAUCAAGAGUUCCCAAAGCAUCAUGACCCAUCCAUUUCACCUGCAGGCUCAGCCUCUCCAUCCUACUACGAACAGUCUGUCCCAGUUUUAGAAACAGAAGAAGAAUUUUCUGUCACCUACCGUCAAAGCGCAGAUGACCACCCCUUCAAGCCUCCGUCUCCUUCCAAGAGAAUCAUCAUAUGCUGCGAUGGUACCUGGCAGUCGUCUGUAACUGGCCGGAAGAAUAUUCCCUCCAAUGUCACUCGACUCGCACGUUCUAUUGCUCGUACUGCAACUAUCCAAGAGGACGGAGUAGACAAGAAUAUUCAACAGGUUGUGUUCUACAGUGCUGGCGUUGGCACUGGUGGUGGAACAAGUGUGUUCGACACUCUUCGCCAAGCUACCUUUGGCGAUGGCGUCGACGCAGAAAUUAUCAAAGCGUAUAAUUUUCUGGUCAUGAAUUAUGACGAAGGUGACCAUGUUUUAUGCUUCGGCUUCUCCCGAGGAGCAUAUACCGCACGAUCAGUGGCUGGUCUUGUCGCAGAUAUCGGAAUUAUCAAACCUGAGGAGAUGGACGACUUUCCGGACCUUUACAAGAUGUACCAAAACUACUCCGACGAUCAGACUUCCAGCUUUCGCCAAUCCGAGGAAUAUAGGACAUGGGUCAUGGGCAUCCCUAAAAGAGGUUCUGAGAAGUUGCCAAAGCAUGAUCCCAAGAGAUGGGAAAAAAAGCCUCAUAGUCUUCCCCCAGAAUUCAGCAGGGUUGUUGAAGUAGUCGGGGUCUUCGAUACGGUUGGCGCUUUGGGAAUACCGGGCUUCCGUUUACUUCGAAGCGUUCUCAACUACGUCGCACUGAACUUCCCGUAUCUCGGUAUUGAUUAUGUAGGGUUCCACAACACCUCUUUGAGUAAAUACGUUAAGCAUGCGAUUCACGCGUUAGCUCUCGAUGAGCAUAUUAAACCUUUCACACCAACUCUCUGGCACCUUCCACGAGACAAGAAACUAUUCUCAAGACACCACCGACAAUCGCCCAAAGAGCUAGAGGAGAGGUUCCAAUGGCUUAUAAGACACAAUGCAAGCGAAGAGCAACUCUCAGUAGCAUGGAGCGACUUUAUUGAGGCUGAGAUGGCACAUCAUUUACAAGAUUCUAAACCACAACUACAACAGGUAUGGUUUCCUGGAGGCCACGUUAAUAUCGGAGGCGGCAACCCUGCGAUACUCAGAGGCGUCUCCUUUGAUUUUGAACAACUUGCUCUCAUCUCUUUCACGUGGAUGUGUGACCAAAUCAAACCAUUUGUUCAACUUGACAACAGAGAGAACGAUGGAAGCUUUACAGCCUCAUCAACUCUUGCUGAGCGCGAGAUUAAGUCACGCAGAAACUUGAUUUCUCAAGCAAGACAAAGAAAAAACUAUGGCUCAUUCUGGCCUCUGCAACUUAUGCUCCAGGGGCUAGAAUACAUUGGUGUCUACAGGGCUCCACCAACGUCAACCUUUGACGUGGUGGAUGAUGCCUGGUCCACAGGGCCAAUAGUCGACAUCUUUGAAAUACUGAAAGUUUUGAUUUUCGCUCCUAUCAUUACUUUCUUUCUAAAACUCAUACCCUUCCUAUCAAGUUACAGAACACCUGGUGGAUACCACAAAGGCACAAGAGGGGAAGAACUUGGUGAGACAAACGAAAUGAUUCACCCUGCCGUUGCCUGGCGCCAGAUUGGGUGCCAUGAAUAUCAUCCGAAGUCAUUGGAGGGAUUUACAAGAUGGAAAAAGCCGAAUCAGAAAGGCUCCAGUCUCCCACAAAAGUAUGAAUGGAUGAGAGGGAACGAAAUAAUCCCGGAGUACGUCAUCAAAAGCACCGAUUGCAUAUCACGUCGUCUGGCACAGGAAACAAAUGCAAGAGAAUUCGUGGCCUCACUUGUGAUGGAGUGA